AUGCAGGCUGGCCGCUGGCUGGUCCCGGGGCUGUCCCUGGCCCUUGGGGCCGGGCUGGGGGCGGGGGCCGUGGCAUGGCUGAACAGGAAAGCCAGCCCGGGAAUGGGAGGGCUCUGGAGCCGGCUCCCCGUGCUGCCGGUGGCGGCGGCGGCGGCGGGGCCCGUGGUGCCGACGGAGGGCCCGGGCGAGCUCGCCAAGUACGGGCUGCCGGGGCUGGCGCAGCUCAAGAGCCGCGAGUCCUACGUGCUGUGCUACGACCCGCGCAGCCGGAGCGCCAUGUGGGUCAUCGAGCAGCUGAAGCCCGAGCGGCUGCGGGGCCCAGGCGACCGCCAGACCUGCGGCUUCCAGGAGGACGACUCGGUGCAUGUCUACCAUCGGGCCACCAACGCCGACUACCGGGGCAGCGGCUUCGACCGUGGCCACUUGGCAGCCGCCGCCAACCACCGCUGGAGCCAGAAGGCCAUGGACGACACUUUCUACCUGAGUAACGUGGCGCCGCAGGUGCCCCACCUAAACCAGAAUGCCUGGAACAAUUUGGAAAAGUAUUGCAGAAGAUUGACCCAAACUUAUCACAAUGUCUAUGUCUGCACCGGUCCUCUCUUCCUACCCAGGAGGGAAGCUGAUGGGAAGAUGUAUGUGAAGUACCAGGUGAUUGGCAAGAACAAUGUAGCGGUACCCACCCACUUCUUUAAGGUGCUGAUCCUUGAGGCUCCUGGAGGGCAGAUCGAGCUCCGUUCAUACGUGAUGCCCAAUGCACCUGUGGAUGAGAAUAUCCCCCUGGAGCGCUUCCUGGUUCCCAUUGAAAGCAUAGAGCGGGCCUCUGGACUGCUCUUUAUGCCCAACAUUCUCACACGGACGAGCAACCUGAAGGCCAUUGCCCCUGGGGCUAAGUGAAGGCAUUGAGGGGCAGGGCCAAGGGACCUGGAAAGAGACAGAACAAGGGCCAGUCCAGUGCAGUGAAUAGAGUAUGGGACAGGGCAAUGGGAUUUUGAAUCCUAGCUCUGCUGUUUAUUACCUGUAUGACUCUGAGGAAAUCAUUUCCCCAUCUGUAAAAUGUCAGAAUUCCUAGGGCUGGUGGAUACCUGAACAUUCCCUAUUUAUUCCUGGGCAUCUUUGGGGGCAAGAGGUUACCCUCUUGGCUAGAAGUCUCCCCCUACCCCUGCAUACCUUGGUUUGUCCUUGGGCCUGCUUCUGGGGGACAGAUCUGGCUAGGGCUUUUUCAGCUCUCUUGGGGGAGGUUUGUCUCCCCUAGUACUGUUUUAGGAGGUUCUCAGGCACCUCAUAUUAUGGUGGGAAAGUGGCACUCCCUGUGCCUUGUAUUUUGUCGAACCUACCUUUAAUAGGCUAGAGAGGUACUCCUCCAACCCCUUGAAAUAGUUUCAUCUUUGUAAUGAAGGGUUUGCUGUUGUUCCUGGGUUGUGAUCCGUGACCUACUAGACCUGGGAGGGUUCUCCUUAGGUAGGAGAAGACCAGAAAAUCCCAAGGAUUCCACAGCUUGGUGGAGUCAACCAGUGCCAUUGGGCACCUUCAUCACAUCUGUAUACAAGACUGCUGUGUUUCCAUCCCCACUGCCCACUACCUGUAGGUCUGUUGGCAAAGUUAUUUUGCCUUUUUGGGCUUCAUUUUCCCAUCUGAAAUGAGGGGGUUGGUAAGACGUUAAAAAGAAAAUACAAGAAAUUACAAUGUUGAAACAUGUAUUGUGGUAAAAAUUAUAUUUCUCAAAUUAAUCUGUAACUUCAGUGAUAGACCAAAUUACUAAGAGGAUACUUUAUGUAAUUAGAAUAACAAUUUAUGUGGAGGAUAUUACCAAGGGAUUACUUUAUAAUUGGGCAAAGUAAUAUAUUUCAUCUUGAGGAAUAAAAGGUCAAGAAUAUCUAGGAAGUAAUGAAAAAAGUAGGAAUGAAGUCAGUUUGGUAUUGUCAGAUCUCAAAAGAACACAAAGUACUGGGGAAAAAGCUUCUGGGAAAACUGGUUAGUAGUUUGGUAGCAAAUAGGUUUAGACCUGCCUGUUACACCAUAUGCUACAAUACCAAGUAGGUAAAUUGGUUAAACAAAAAAGUUGUACUAUUGACAGUUUAGGGGAGGAAGAAGAGUAAUCCUUCUCCUAACUCUUAGUAGGGGAUGAAUGUGUAACCAUGGGUGAUGCAGAUAAUACUAUGGAAGAUAAAAUAGACUACUUUGAUUACUUGAACAUUUGUAGAAUUUGUAAAAGUUUGAAAUGCAGAAUCUGCCAUGAACUUCUACAGUAUGAUUAAAAGCCACUCUCCAAUAGAUAAAUGGUUUCCCUUUUUCAGACCAUUCCCAGAAUUCUCAAACCAUUCCCAGAAUCAUUUUUGGGAACCUCCAUCAGGCCAGUUUGUUAGCUUUGACGAAUACUAUCCCCAGUAUUUUAUAGAAAUACCUCAUCUCCUCUAGAAUUUGAUCGCAUAAAACCUGAAAGACCUCUGAGUACUUAUAUCAGGUUACCCUUUGAAGGAUUCCAGAAUAAGAAUAAGAUGUGUUUGGGCUUGGUGAAUAAUCAGGCCCAGGGUGGUAAACAGUAAGUCCCCCAUAAGAGGCAGUUCCAACUUCUGCUCCAAUGCUUCCAGUGAUGAAGGGCUCGCUACAGUAUGACAUGUCAUUUUACUUUUUUUGCAUAAAAAAGAUGUGUAUGUGACCAUUUCAGGUUUGAAUAGCUCUAAAUGUUAGUUAUGUUGAUCUGAAAUCUGCCUCUCUUUAAUUUCCCACCAUUGGUUCUAGUUGCGCUUUCUUAAGCUGCAUAGAACAGCUGUUGUUCAGGGCCCAUCAGAUAAAGACGGUGAUGGUGGUUAUAUCUCUUAAAGGUUAAGCAUUCUAAUUCCUUCAACUCAUGGUUUUUUCUCAGCAUGUUCUUCUUCAUCUUGUAGACAAGCCCCAGUUUGUCAGUGUCCCUUUUAAAAUACGAGAACCAGGGAAUACCAAGGAUGGAGUAACUGGGACUUCUUAGAAGUUCAGCAGUAUAGAAAAGACAGUCUAGCACCUAGUUAGCGGAAAUGAUUGGUUAAAAUAGGAAGCUCGUAAUCGGCAGGUUUCACCCACCCCAUACCCAGGAAUAGUCCCACAAUGUCUCCUCCAUGGUAGGGGGAGUGGGAGGUUUGGGAUGGAGUAUGUUAUCUCCCACUGAAUUUGUCUAAAACCAUUGAUUUGAGGGUUAUGAAACUUGCUCUUAAAGACCUGCCCCAAAGGGAAGACAAUACUACAGAUGUCAUCUCAUCGCAAAGAACAUCACAAACUCUUUUCUGUGGGCAUUGUAUUUGUAAUUGAGGUACAAAGAAAUCUAAUUAAUGUUUUUGCUGAGCUAAUUCACAUUGUGAAAAUUUUCUCAAGUGAACUACUUAUCAAAUAACACUGCCCAUCCUGAUCAAUAAAUACCAAUCCAGCCCACUA